AUGAAGUUCACUCAUCUAGGAUUUGUUUUUCUUCUUGCAACAUCUACUCAUGCAGCCGUUAUUGGCAAAUUAAAUGACAUUCAAGGUGAUUCAGUGAUGCUAGCCAAGCGAGGACUUGGCGAUAAAAAAUCGACUACCACCAAAGAUGCUGCAAAAGAAACUUCAUUGUCUUCCAGGCCACCCAGAACUGGCAUAGGUUAUGGUAUAUACGAGUAUCUACUAAAAGGAAUGCCGUCUCCCGACAAUUCGGUGCAUAAAGACAAGGCUCAAGAAACUUUCACAUCCUCUACAACUUCUACAUCGUCCACAACUUCCACAUCGUCCACAACUUCUACACCCUCUGCAACUUUAUCAGCCAAUACAAAACCUGAUGAAAAGCCCGCUGCGUCUCCGAAAAUUCCACCUUCUAGCAUUUACGAAGGAUUGGUUAAAAAGAAGGAUUCCAAGAGUGGCAGCGAGUCGGAUUCUGAUAAAAAGUCUGUUGAAUCUCCGAAAACUCCACCUUCUAGCAUUUUCGAAGAUUUGUCUAAAAAGCAAAAUUCCAAGAGUGGCAGCGAGUCGGAUUCUGAUAAAAAGUCCGUUGCGUCUCCGAAAGCUCGACCUUCUAGCAUUUUCGAAGAUUUGUUUAAAAAGAAGGAUUCCAAGAGUGGCAGCGAGUCGGAUUCUGAUAAAAAGUCUGUUGAAUCUCCGAAAACUCCACCUUCUAGCAUUUUCGAAGAUUUGUCUAAAAAGCAAAAUUCCAAGAGUGGCAGCGAGUCGGAUUCUGAUAAAAAGUCCGUUGCGUCUCCGAAAGCUCGACCUUCUAGCAUUUUCGAAGAAUUGUUUAAAAAGCAAGAUUCCAAGAGUGGCAGCGAGUCGGAUUCUGAUAAAAAGUCUGUUGAAUCUCCGAAAACUCCCAGUCCACCUAAAGAUUCGAAAUCUAAAUCUGAAGAAAAAGUUGCGAGUGUGCCAGAUAAACCUCCAUCCACCAGCAGCAGUGAAGAUGAUUCUACGCCAGAACAAGAAGUCGAACAUAUUGGACCAUUGGUUCACAAUCCAUCGUCCGAUGGUGAUUUUUUCACUCCACCAUCUUCACCAUCUCACCAAAAGAGCAAAGGAUCGACUGAGGAAAAGUAUUUUACUUUACCACAUGGAAUGCAUCUAUCAUCUCACCAAAAGAGCAAAGAAUCGUCCGAAGAAAAGUACUUUACUUUACCACAUGGAAUGCAUCCAUCAUCUCAUUCAGGAAGCAAGUCGUCGCUUGAAGAAAAGUAUUUUACUUUACCGCAUACAUCACACCAAAAGAGCAAAGGAUCGCUUGAAGGAGUUGGCGAGGGUUCAUCACCAAAAGUAAUGCUUGAAGAAAAGUAUUUCACUUUACCGCGUAAACUAUUCUCACCUUAUCAAAGGCAAAGAAUACCGUUUGAUGAAGCUGGUAAAGGUUCACCAUCACCUCGUCAAAGAGACUGGCGACUUUUUGGAGUUGAUGAAGAUCCACGCAAGUCAGACCAAGAAGUGCCUGGACCAUCUGGUGCUGAUGAGUCCAAACCGCACAAGCCAGAGGAUCCUGAAGCAAAGACUUCUGGAGAAGCUAAUAUUAAACAACAGCUUAGUGGUCUUAUAAAGGGCUUGAAUCAAGCUCGUACUAAAAACCUGCAAAAGGUGAACAAGGGUAUGGAGGAGGCUAUCAAAAAGAUGCAGAAGGAUUGGACAACCGGUAAGGAUAAGGUUACUGAUGCACUCGGUAUCAGGAAUAGGCAGAGAGAGAUGGAGAAACAUUAUCAACAUCAACAGCAACUGCGCUAUCAACAGCAGCAACAACAGCGCUAUCAGCAGCAGCAACAUCAACUGCAACUGCGCCGUCAACAGCAACUACAACAACAGCGCCAGCAACUGCAACAACAGCAGCAACAGCAGCAACGUUAUCAACAACAGCAACAGCAGCAACACUAUCAACAACAGCAACAACAACGCUAUCAACCUGUUCAACGCUAUCAACCUAUCCAGCACCAACAACACCAUCAACAACAUCAUGUUUUGGCUCAUCACAAAUUCCAUCAUCCACUCCCAAAGAGGAUCGAAAAAAUGUACAGGUUUACCGACUACUCCACAGAAUAUGGCGAUGAUAAUGAAAAUUAUGCUCCAGGCUACUUCCGACUACCCGGUGUUGAUUAUCCUGAUCAGGAUGAUGACAAUAAUGAAGGAUUGAAUGACUACGAAGGCUCAUAUAGACGUAUGUCUAAUCGAGGCAAGAAGCGAAUCAGUAACUGGAUAACUUCGGGAAGUCCUCUUCAUGAGACUGUUGAAAGCUUACCAGAGGUUCAGCGUGAAGAAAGCAGAAAUAGAGAGAUGGCUAAUACUGAGUAUUCGAAUCCACUGAAAUCUAAUUCUGAUGGUUCAGGUGGUUCUGGAGGUCAAAAAGCUUCUGGAAGUUCCGAUGAAGACACACAUAGUGCAUUUACUGAAGCUAAGACCUAUACUGGAGCAAUGGUGAUGCCCAAGCCUAGAAAGUCUGUUCCAUUUUCUGCCAAAAAAGGUGCUACUGGUACGAUAAAAACUGUUGUCCAUACUCAAAAAGUGGUGUCCAAGUUGCUCGAAAAAGCGUUCUUUGAAGAGCAAAAGAUUGAAGGACUUCGAGAACAAGCUGCUAUGGCCGAGAAAAAAGUCAAUUAUCUUGUUGAUAAAGCAAACAUAUAUGGCAAAGAAGUUGUCAUGGGUGAACUUACACUAGCGUUGCAAUUGUAUGAGGAGGCCCGCCAAGCAUAUGAAAAACCUGCUGCUUUAGUCCAGGAACUCAAGGCUCAAGCGUACGAAUACUUGAGAGAACAGAGUAGACAAGGAGUUGACCCCAAGAAUGUGCACCCGUCUGUUCAUGAUCGUCAUGAAAGGAAAUAG